AUGAAGCCGCAGCUAAAGCAGCAGCCUUCGGUCACGUCGAGGGACGCUGAACUAUCGGCACAAUUUUCCAAGGCUUCCGUGUCCGACCUUCCUCCUCUCCAGAACCGCGCAGGCAACAGCACCAGCCCCUAUGUGCAAUCACAUGCCUCUACUCCCGUCGCAUGGCAGCUUCUGGAUGACGACGCCGUACAGAGAGCAAAGAAGGAGAACAAGCUGAUCUUCAUGAACAUCGGGUUCAAGUCAUGCCAUUAUUGUCGCCUGACUACCCGAGAGUCCUUCUCUCACCCUGAGAUCGCCAAGCUCCUCAACAACUCCUUUGUCCCAAUUAUUGUCGACCGUGAGGAGCGCCCGGACAUUGACAAUAUCUACAUGAACUACAUACAAGCAAUCAACGGCGCGGGUGGAUGGCCCCUGAACGUCUUUCUGACUCCUGAGCUGGAGCCUGUCUUUGGUGGCACGUAUUGGCCCUCGCCCGGCACUGAACUCAUCGGCCCUGAUGGCGAGGAGGUAGCUGAGGACGAACGCAUCGAUUUCCUGGUGAUCCUGCAAAAGAUGAAAGAGGUCUGGCCGCAACAUGAGGCCCGAUGCCGGCAAGAAGCCAAGGAGAUCGUGUCCAAAUUGCGCGAAUUUGCUGCCGAGGGAACUCUCGGCACGCGCGGAAUAUCGACUUCCGGGACAGUCGGGGCAUCGAGCGCCGCCGUUCCGACUGAUACGUCCGGUACGCCGAUGGCAGGGGACUCCGACCUUGACUUGGACCAGCUGGAGGAGGCAUACAUGCACAUCGCUGGCACCUUCGACCCUGUUAACGGUGGCUUUGGGAUGGCGCCAAAGUUCCCCACCCCGGCGAAGCUUUCUUUCCUGCUGAAACUCGCGAAUUUCCCCAGUGUCGUGGCAGAUGUGGUGGGGGAGAAAGAGGUUGCGCAGGCGAAGCACAUGGCGCUGCACACUCUGCGGAAGAUCCGGGACAGUGGGCUGCGCGACCACGUGGGUGGAGGAUUUCACCGGUAUGCUGUGACGACGAACUGGUCAGUGCCACAUUUUGAGAAAAUGGUCUCGGACAACGCGUUGCUGCUUGGCUUGUAUCUGGAUGCUUGGCUAUCAACGGCGAAAGGACUCAAGAAAGAUGACGAGUUCGCCAAUGUGGUCUUUGAGUUGGCAGAGUACCUGACCUCGCCGCCCAUACAACGGCCUGACGGUGGAUUUGCCAGCAGUGAAGCAGCAGAUUCGUACUACAAGAAAGGCGACACCCAGAUGCGCGAAGGCGCUUACUACCUGUGGACCCGAAGGGAAUUUGACGAGGUGUUCAAGGACUCUCCCACGGUGGGCGCUCUAGCCGCGGCGCACUGGAAUGUCCUAAGCCAUGGCAAUGUGGAGCGGGAGCAAGAUCCAAAUGACGAAUUUCUGAACCAGAAUGUCUUGCACACGGUGAAGGGUGCUGAAGAGCUUUGGAAACAAUUUGGGACCUCUUCUUCAGAGGCUCAGGAGUGGAUAGAAACUGCGCGGUCCAGGUUAAGGGCGCGCCGUGAGGCAGAUCGUGUGAGGCCGGAAACCGACACAAAAGCGGUGACCAGCACGAAUGCUAUGGUGAUCUCGGCAUUGGCGAGGACGAGCUCGGCUAUCGAAACCGUUGAUCCAGAAAAAGCCAAGAAAUACUUGACUGCAGCCAGGUCGGCGGCCAAGUUCAUCGAGACGCGAGCGUGGGAUGCGCAGGCGAAGCUGCUUUACAGGUCUUACUUUGACAGCCGAAGUUCAGCUAAAGGAUAUGCCGAGGAUUACGCUUUCCUCAUCGAAGCCCUGCUUGACCUGUAUGAAGCGACAGGUGAGGAGAACUGGCUUGAAUGGGCCGAUAAUCUGCAGAAACGACAAAUUGAGCUCUUCUACGACCCGACGGUCCCCAGCACAUCACGCCCAGUUACGCCGAUGGCGCAUCACUCCGCCUGUGGCGGGUUCUACUCCACGGCAGACGAGGCAGCACAAGUCAUCCUCCGCCUCAAGGACGGCAUGGAUACCGCACAACCAUCCACAAACGCGGUGUCCACGUCCAACCUGUUCCGGCUCGGCUUCGUCCUCGGGGACACAAGCUACGUCAAGGUCGCCCACGAGACCAUCAGUGCUUUCGAGGUCGAGGCUCUGCAGUACCCGUGGCUCUUCAUCGGGCUUCUUAGUGGCGUCGUCACUGCGAGGCUAGGCGGCAUCGUGUGGCUGUCUGCUACGGGAGAGGAGGCGAAGAAGGAGGAACGCCGGCGCAAGUUCUACGAGCUGCCCAGGGCAGGUCUGAGGAGCUGGGUCUUCUUGAAGAAGGGCAGCGAGAAGGAGAAAUCGUGGCUGUUUGGUAAGAGGAACCCGGCGCUUGCUGGCCUAGAAGAGGGAUCGUACCAGUUUGAUGGAAAGUAUAAGCGGUACGAUGAGGCAGAAUCAGACUUGUUUGGGCCUUAA